AUGUCGUGGUUUUGUUCUAUUACGCUCAUGGCUCUCGUUAUUGCCUACGUAAAUGCAACUCCUCCAGCAUGUUUCCUUAGCUGUAUUGCUGAAGUUGCCAAAACAUGUCCUCUCCAGAAAAUGGAUAUCACUUGUCUUUGUGCCAAAGAAGAUUCUGUUCUUGGCUGUAUGGUUGAUAUCUGUCCAUAUGGAACAUUCUUCAGUGGAAGAGAUCAUUUCAUUGGUACUUGUAUGGAACACGGCAAACCGUCAAUUUCAAACCCUCAUCCGCCAGAUCCAAUUUACCCGCCAAAAUUAUCUUCAUCUAUUUCUACAAAACCUACUCCAAUUUCUUCUUUCAGCCUGACUAUUACCGACGGCCUUGUUAGCCUUUCAAAACCUGCUAGACUGUCAAUUCAACAAAUCGAAACAGGCAAACCUGAAUCCGACUGCGAUUCUGAUACAGAGUCCGAAGAUGAAUAUAACAGCGACGAAGAUUGUGAAUGGGAAGAAACCCAAUCGGUUGAUGCUGACGGCAAUGUUAUCUUCAUCAGGAGACCUAUCAAUGUGCCGCAGAAGUAUCGCAACCCAAAGAACAACGGCAAAACCCGAAAGGUUAUCAUCAAGAAACCUCCCCAGGAUUAC